CGUCCUCAGGUCUCAAGUGAUCUAUGCAGUCUCUUGAAACUGCAUAGAUCAGGAGGGGCCAUGGGAUUCUUGGAAGAAUGCCUUGCUUUACACUUCCUGGGUUGGCCUGAACAUUGCCAAUUUGCAGCAGGCCCAUGGAUGGAUAUCGUGUCCCUCAUAGAGGUUGCCUAUAUCUUUGACUGAUGGUGAUUGUUGGUAGGACUGUGCCUGCCAUGUGUAAAUGGAACGUGUGGUCCGCCUUCCCUUUCAACAGCACCAUGACUCUUGAUUUGGCGAGUUUAAACUGCACCCCGACCAACUCCAUCAGCCUUUCUGCAGAAUCCAUCUGAAGUCUGGGACUGAUCCCAUGGUGACAUUAGGGUCAUCCAUGAAUGCCCUGAUGAGUGGUUGCCGUUAGGUGGACUUCAUUCAGUUCUCAUCCUUCGGGAUCCUCACCCCUUUCGCCACUGUCCACUGACCACACAUUUACCCACUUCCACAGACGCAGCAGGAGUUUAGGACUGCUUGGUCCUUCAGCAGAACUUGCUUUGUGGACCUCCUCUCUUUGUCUCGAUACGAUAAUAAUUUGUUGUCAGGGAAUUUGAAUUGCAUCACAUCUCCAUUUGCAAGGGACAAACAAGGACAACUAUUAAGAUACGAUACAAGUUCAAACAACGUUUAACUUAACGUCUCGAAGACCUUUUAGGGUACAUUUGACCUGGGAGUCCUUCCCUGGGAAACUCCAACAAUUCUUACUGCUCCUUGUAAAUGACAAAUACCACACCUGUCAUCUCUUUGGACUGCAGUAAAGCCUGUUCCAUUUUAUUUUCACACUCAAACAAAGCAAGCUACACCCUAUCAAGGUAUUUGAUUGCUCCCUCCCCUCCACAGACCUGUGGGUAGGUACCAACAACAUGUUGUUCCAUGCAGAGGCUGUUUCCUCAUUCACUGCAUUAAGGGAGCGAGAGUCGAUGAGAGGAGACUUGUUGUCCGUCAGAGCACAGAGAGUCAUUCUGUUCAGAGCAAGUGAACAUUUUUACUUCUGCCUGUAGCUCUUAAAGAUCACUGAGAGGUGAAAUGGCGCAGGGAGGAGUUCAGCUUGACCGGGAAACCAUAUCUUGUUCCAUCUGUCUGGACCUUCUGAAGGACCCGGUGACUAUCCCCUGUGGACACAGCUACUGCAUGGGCUGUAUUAAUGACCACUGGGAUGGAGAGCUAAUCUACAGCUGCCCUCAGUGCAGGAAGACCUUUGCUCCAAGGCCCGUCCUGCUGAAAAGCACCACGUUAGCAGCUUUAGUGGAGGAGCUGAAGAACACUGGACUCCAAUCUGCUCCUGCUGGUCCCCGCUAUGCUGGACCUGAGGAGGUGGCCUGUGAUUUCUGCACUGUGAGGAAACUGAGAGCCUUCCGGUCCUGUCUGCAGUGUGUGGCCUCUUACUGUGAUCAACACCUCCAGCCUCACUAUGUAUCAGCUGCCUUUAAGAAACACAAGCUGAUGGAGCCCUCCAAGAAACUCCAGGAGAACAUCUGCCCUCGUCACGGCGAGGUGAUGAAGCUGUUCUGCCGGACUGAUCAGCAGUGUAUCUGUUCUCUCUGCUCUGUGGACGAGCAUAAAGACCACGACACAGUGUCAGCUGCAGCAGAGAGGACUGAGAGGCAGAGAGAGCUGGGGGAGAGUCGACAAAACCUCCAGCAGAGGAUCCAGGACAGAGAGAAGGAUGUGAAACUGCUUCAAGAAGAGGCGGACACCAUCAACUGCUCUGCUGAUACAGCACUGGAGGACAGUGAGGAGAUGAUCACCCAGCUGAUCCGUCUCCUGGAGAAGAGACGCUCUGAUGUGAAGCAGCAGGUCAGAUCUAAGCAGGACAGGGAAGUGAGACGAGUCAGAGAGAUUCAGGAGGAGCUGGAGCAGGAGAUCAGGGAUCUGAAGAGGAGAGACGCUCAGCUGGAGCUGCUGUCACAGGCAGAGGAGGACCACCAGUUCCUGCACAUGUACUCCUCACUGCCAGCUCUCAGUGCAUCUAAAUACUCAUCCAGCAUCAACAUCUGUCCUCUGUACUACUUUAAGGACGUGACAGCGGCCCUGUCAGAAGUCAGAGAUAAACUGCAGGACAUCCUGAGGGACAAGUGGACUGAAGAAGAUGCUUUACUGCCACAACCAGAGCCAAAGACAAGAUCUGGAGUUUUAAAAUAUUUCCGUGAGAUCACUCUGGAUCCAAACACAGCAAACACAUGGCUGCUAUUAUCUGAGGGGAACAGAAAAGCUACAGUAACGAGUCAAAACCAACUCUACCCCAGUCACCCAGACAGAUUCACUGAUUUUACUCAGGUCCUGAGCAGAGAGGGUCUGAUUGGACGGUGUUACUGGGAGGUGGAGCACAGAGGAGGCGUUUCUAUAGCCGUCGCAUACAAGAACACAAGCAGAGCAGCCGGGUUGAAUGAUUCUAGAUUUGGACACAAUGACACAUCUUGGGCUUUAGAGUGGUACAAGAAGAAAUAUAAGUUCUGGUACAACAAUGUCAAAAUUCCCAUCUCAGGUCCUCGGCCCAACAGGAUAGGAGUGUACCUGGAUCACGGGGCAGGCAUUCUGUCCUUCCACAGCAUCAUCAAUGACACCAUGACCCUCCUGCACAGAGUGGAGACCACCUUCACUCAGCCUCUUCACGCUGGAGUUUGGGUUUAUUAUUAUUCUGGAAAAACUGCUGAGUUCUGCAAACUCAGAUAGGCAGAAGGGAAUCACUGGUUCUCAGACGUUUUCCUUAAGGGAGCCUUUUUUCAUCAUUAAGUGAACUCACACUGCUGGCUGUUUGUUGUGGUGUUUCUUCAGCUGCCAAUCAAACAUGAGGGGGCGGGACUCUGACGUCCAGUCGUGGGCAGUCAUGUAAGUGUUUGACUUUCUUUAUCUGUGUUCAGCCAUGGAGGCUCUCGCUGCUCAUGGUGUCUGCAGGAACUCUUCUCUGUGUUUCUCUUCCACCGCUCUGAAGAGAGGAAGCAGCAGACCUCCUUAUCCUGCAGCAGACCUCCUUAUCCUGCAGCAGGAGGUUAUCCUGCAGCAGCAGACCUCCUUAUCCUGCAGCAGACCUCCUUAUCCUGCAGCAGGAGGUUAUCCUGCAGCAGCAGACCUCCUUAUCCUGCAGCAGGAGGUUAUCCUGCAGCAGCAGACCUCCUUAUCCUGCAGCAGACCUCCUUAUCCUGCAGCAGGAGGUUAUCCUGCAGCAGCAGACCUCCUUAUCCUGCAGCAGGAGGUUAUCCUGCAGCAGCAGACCUCCUUAUCCUGCAGCAGACCUCCUUAUCCUGCAGCAGCAGACCUCCGUAUCCUGCAGCAGACCUCCUUAUCCUGCAGCAGACCUCCUUAUCCUGCACACUUUGUUCUCUCAUUAGCAAAGACAGUUAUAACCUCGUGUGUUUGUUAUCACAGGUUUUGUAGAGGAGUAAUCAUCCUGAUCGUAAUCAAUAAGAGUGUGCUCAGAGUGAGUGAUUGUGUGGUGAGUCAGCCGAAACCAUCGCUCUUUUAUUACUUCUGUAUUUCUGCAGAUUCUUAUUAUCAUAACUUUAAUAAUGACACUUUAUGUAUUUAGAGGUAAAAUCAAAGAACGUUGUAAAGCUCAGUGAAAUCUGCAGUUUGAAGCAUUUAAAGGACGAUCUGUUUGGUGUUUCAGCCAAUCAGAGACAGGCUCUGUAUUUAUCUGACACCUGUAAUAUAUUGCUGAUGAAGAGGAUAAUAGGGGACCUUUAAGCCUUACAAUAAUCAGUGAUGAUCAUUUAAUUGACGCGUUGUCCUGAACGUCACUAAUUGAUUUCUGUGCUCUAUUGUCUAUCAAUAGUUUGUGUUAUGAUUGUUUGUGUUUAUGAACAUUCAAUAAAAUGUUGAUUCAGAUAAUA